GUGUUUUUUUUUUCUUGUUUUCUUCAAAAACAGAACAUUUAAAUGACCCAGAAUUCUCUUCAGUUGGUGUCAUUUGAAACCGCUCGGUGUGCGUUUGAUUCAUUAAGGUGAGAAAAGUGUGCGGGCAUGUAUCGAGCUGUCACUUUGCGCAGCGGGCUGCGUGUUUUGCGCAGGAACAAGGAAGGAAAGGCGAAAAAAAGCGCAAAGAGGAACCUGAACCGGGUUUUGAGCUACAACGUGCCAUGCGUGUGUCCCUCAGGUGUGCUUGCGUGUGUGUGAAUGAGUGUGUGUGUGUGUGAGAGAGAGACGGAGAGCUCUUAACUCCGCUCUGACCGGGAGACGCAGUCGGAAGCUCCAAUUAGACGUUUGCAACCGGCGCGCGCUGUUUCUGGACGCUUCAGAGAGAGACAGCGCGUCUGUGCCCAAAGCGAUCUGGAUGUGUUCCUGUAGAGGAGCACUUCCGCGGAGAAAUGGAUCAGCCGACAGGGGGAGGCUUCAGGGCUGGUGUUACACCGGGGGACGGUGAGAGACGAGGGUCAGCGGUGCGCAGGGUCCUCUGGAGGGUCAGGGUUCAGCCGACUGAGCCGAUCCAGUAGAACUCAUCAAAGGCCAAGCUGCAUCAUUUGAAAUGGCUUCAUCACUCAUGCCUGAGCCUUCAUCGUUCUCCUCCUCUUCCCCCCUCUUCAUCCUCCUCUCCUUCCUCCUUCUGUUGUCCUGUUCUCCGUCAGCCCAGGCGAGUUCUUCAGAGAACUGUUCAGCAAGCGGAGAUCCUUGUCAAGACGGAGUCGUACUUCCUGUAUGGAACCCUGAGAACCCCUCAGUGGGAGAUAAGGUGGCGCGGGCUAUUGUGUACUUUGUGGCACUCGUAUACAUGUUCCUGGGCAUGAGCAUCAUAGCAGACCGGUUCAUGUCAUCCAUAGAGGUCAUAACGUCCCAGGAGAAGGAGAUCACCAUUAGAAAGCCCAACGGUGAGACCACCACGGCCACGGUCCGAAUCUGGAACGAAACCGUCUCUAAUCUCACUCUGAUGGCGCUGGGCUCCAGCGCCCCAGAGAUCCUGCUCUCCGUUAUUGAGGUGUGCGGUCACAAUUUCCAGGCCGGCUCUCUGGGCCCCAGUACCAUCGUCGGCAGCGCCGCCUUCAACAUGUUCGUCAUCAUCGCCCUCUGCGUUUACGUGGUUCCCGAUGGAGAGACGAGGAAAAUCAAACACCUUCGGGUGUUUUUUGUCACAGCAGCGUGGAGUGUCUUUGCCUACAUCUGGCUCUACAUGAUUUUGAGUGUCUUCUCCCCAGGAGAGGUGGAGGUUUGGGAGGCCGUGCUCACAUUCCUCUGCUUCCCCUUCUGUGUGGUCCAAGCCUGGGUAGCUGACCGACGCCUUUUCUUCUGGAACUACGUCCAGAAGCGUUACCGUGCCAACAAGAGCCACGGCAUCAUCAUCGAAACGGAAGGAGGUGCCGACGGAGAGAUCGGGGCAGCGGAGAUUGGAGGAGCGCUCGGUCCGGGCGGUUUCACCAAAAUGGACAUGAUGGAGCUGGACGGGCAGAUGGCGCUGAACUGCCACAGCGGGAUAGACGGGGGGAUGAUGGGGGAGGGGGUAAUGAAGGAUGAAGAAGACGAGGCCAGGAGGGAUAUGGCAAGAACACUAAAGGAGCUGAAGCAGAGAUAUCCAGACAAGGACAAGGAGCAGCUUAUUGAGAUGGCGAAUUAUCAGGUCCUGAUGCAGCAGCAAAAGAGCAGAGCGUUCUAUCGUAUCCAGGCAACCAGGAUGAUGAUCGGAGCCGGCAACAUCCUGAAGAAGCAUGCUGCCGACCAGGCGCGCAAGGUGGUGACCAGCCAUGAUACUCAGGCUCAGGAGGACGACCCCAACACCAUCAGGAUAGAGUUCGAACCCCCGUUGUACCAGUGCUUUGAAAACUGCGGCUCCUUGAAUCUGACCAUAGCCAGGCGUGGAGGAGACCCCAGAUUUACUGUCAAGGUGGAUUAUCGCACAGAGGAUGGCACAGCCAACGCCGGUUCGGAUUACGAGUUUGCCGAAGGAACGCUGCUGUUUAAACCAGGAGAAACCCUCAAAGAGAUCUCGGUUGGUGUGAUUGAUGAUGACAUCUUUGAGGAGGAUGAGUACUUCUACGUACACCUCAGUAAUCCCCGUGUGGUUGACUAUCCUGAGAUGAGCACCACCCCCCUGGAUGCCAGCGACUCCCCUAAAGCCGUGCUGGGUGAAAACCACAUGGCUACGGUGACCAUCUACGAUGAUGAUCAUGCAGGCAUCUUUACGUUUGAGAGCUCCUCUCAGAGGGUGAGUGAAAGCGUGGGUGUGAUGGAGGUGAAGGUGCUCAGGACAUCUGGGGCACGGGGGAUGGUGUCCAUCCAUUAUCGAACCGUCGACGGGACCGCUAAAGGAGGGGAGGACUACGAGACCGCCUCUGGCAAGCUGGAGUUUCAGAACGACGAGACCAUGAAAGUGAUCCAGGUGAAGAUUAUUGAUGAUGAAGAGUACGAGAAGAACAAGUCCUUUACAAUUGUGCUGGAAGACCCGGUUCUGUUAGAGAUCGGACAGAAGCACGACGACUCCAACGAGAACAAACCACUGGUGGGAGCAGAGGAGGAGGAGGUAGCCAAGAUGGGCUGUCCCAGUCUGGGAGAACACACGCAGCUGGAGGUCAUCAUAGAGGAGUCCUACGAAUUUAAGUCACCAGCGAGUGUGGUUAUUUUACAGACUGACAAGAGUACAGUGGAUAAGCUGAUCAAGAAGACAAACCUGGCCCUGGUGGUGGGAAGCAGCAGCUGGAGGGAGCAGUUUGUCAGCGCUGUUACUGUCAGUGCAGGAGACGAUGACGAAGAGGAGAGCGGUGAAGAGCGGCUGCCCUCCUGCUUUGACUACAUCAUGCACUUCCUCACCGUCUUCUGGAAGGUCCUGUUUGCAUUCGUUCCUCCUACAGAGUACUGGAACGGCUGGGCCUGCUUCAUUGUCUCCAUAUCGCUGAUCGGCGUCCUCACCGCCAUCACCGGAGACCUGGCGUCACACUUUGGAUGCACGGUGGGCCUGAAGGACUCGGUGACGGCCGUGGUGUUUGUGGCGUUGGGGACAUCGGUGCCAGACACGUUUGCCAGUAAGGUUGCAGCCAUCCAGGACCAGUAUGCCGACGCCUCCAUCGGCAACGUCACCGGCUCCAACGCCGUCAACGUCUUCCUGGGCAUCGGAGUGGCGUGGACCAUCGCUGCUGUGGUCUGGCGCUCCAAGGGCAAACCGUUUAAGGUGGACCCAGGAAACCUGGCCUUCUCCGUCACCCUCUUCACCAUCAUGGCGGUGUUGUGUGUGGUCACGCUGCUGUACCGUCGGCGGCCCACGGUGGCAGGCGGCGAGCUGGGCGGCCCGCGGACUUGCAAGCUGCUAACGUCGAUGCUGUUUGUCUGUCUGUGGCUGAUUUACAUCCUGCUGGCUUCACUGGAGGCCUACUGCCAUAUACCAGGGUUUUGAACGGAAGGAGCAGAGGGAGAGAGACCCACUGCUGAUUUGAAGGAGCCGAGCUUCUUUGUGGAAAAAGCGAGUCUUAAAAAAUGGAUUUCAUGUCUUUACACUUCUUUCUUCCCUGAAAACUACGAGUCUGCAUCCUCAUGAGGCGUUACAACUCUCCAACAAUGUCGAGACCUAUUAUUCUUGUUUGAAACCGCUCUUUUACCCAGAGGACUCUCCCAUCUCCAGGGAUGGAGAACUCCUGGGCUUCAACAUUAUGAGCUGCAGAGUCUAAUGCAUAAUUAUCACCGGAUGGUGGUCCAAUCAUUAUCUAAAGGUUCCAGGAUGUCAAACCAGCAGCAUGGAGGAUAAUCAGCCAGGCUCUGAGGAGGACGGAGGCAACGUGGAAAAGGUUUUACAGUAGAGGGUCUCCCUCAAACCGCCUUCACAUCUAUGAGAGCUCCCACGGGUGAGCCUGCCCCAGACCCGCAGGCAGCAUCAUCACCACCGUCCACGAUACACUGUGCAAAGUAGUCCCACAUCCAACACACACUCCAUACACCGUACACACACACACACCCCCUACUGCCUUACUUUCAUGUGCCCCAUAGGAAAGUCUCGAAGUUGUGAUAAUGAGCCUCUGUAGUCACAAACGUCUUUUAAUCUCCUCCUCCUCCUCCUCUUCCUCCUCUUCCUCCUCCCGAUGCUCAUUUUCUACUCUUUUCAAUGGCGUCACGUGUUGAUGUUGUUAUCGUGCAAUUGUAAAAGCAGCAGCAGCGGUAAAAUUACAAAAACUGUUACGGGGGGGGGGGACGCAACAGGACAUCGAGUCUCGAUACGAUGAGAGGACUGAAAGUGGGCGGAGCCAGUGACUGUGUGAAGCAUUCUAUGUUUACAACGAGUGCCGACACAGGCAGGAUGGAGCAACCGGGAGGUAGGACUGUGACCAUGGCGACAACUGUGAAGGCGAUGUUGUUGACAACUCAGAAGCGGUGUUUCUAACUGUACAUGAUAUUAUAAGAAACUUUAAUAGAUGUGAGUACGUCUGAUUUCUGUAAAGCCCCUCCCUUCUUUGUGAAGUUAAUAUUUCAAGUAGAAGGAAGCAAAGAGGAGAGGAAAGGUGAAGGAACUACAAGGCAGCUUCGAAGUCUCCGCCUCAUGGGACGAUUUAACCGCCCUGAGAGGAGAGUUAAUGGGAGAACACUAUCACACACCCCUAACCGUAUGUUUGUGUUGUUUUCAUUUGUGAGCAUUUAACGGCAUGCUGGCAGCUGUGGCGAGUCAAACUGAAAGUGUUCACGCCGCCAUUAAAUGUGCUAAACGGCCAGCGAGGUUUUAUGGGUAAAUCGUUGACUCGGGCAUGUGUGUCAAAAUAAAAGUAGAAAACAGCUGAAAUGUGACGCCGCAUCAUGUUGAAUUAGGGGGCGGUGGAAGGCGCCACGGUUUGAUGCUGUGUUCAUGCCCUCGCCGUGUCCAGAAGCAGGACUGAAGCUGGACAACGGGGGCGGUCCGGUGUCCCACGUCGACACAGAGUUCAGAUUUUCUCACUUUCACUGAAAGAGAAAGUUGGGAUUAAGUCCAAUAGGAGAGAGCUCUUUUACCUCCUCACUUUGAAGAAAUACUGAUUAGCUCUGGAUCAAUGAGCUAACAGCUAGGCAGCAUGGAUCAUUGUCAUCAAAAAGCAAUUUUUAUCUAAAAUUCUAUCAACUUUAUUCAUAAAGCACCAAAUUACAACACGAGUUCAGUUCAUCAUGCCACUUAGUUCAAGCUUUCCUUAACCCAGCUGAUUGCAUCUAGUCACCGAGUUGUAUCAACAACUUUACAGCAGAGGUGUGGACUCGAGUCACAUGACUUGGACUCCAGUCAUUAUUUUAAUGACUUCUGACUUGACUUGAUAAAAUCUAUAAAGACUUACGACUUGACUUGGACUUGAAUGCCAAUGACUUGCGACUUGAAUCGACUUGCGUCUGUUGACUUGAUGAUGACUUGAGCAUAUUUGCCAUUUUUGCACAAAAGUGGCAUGGCAUGGACAACAUAUUUGAGCAAGUAAAUGAAGCUUUAAUUCUGUAAUCUAUUUAUUAUCAUCGUCAUUAACUUGAAGUUGGACAGAUGACUUGAUUAUGACUUGAAAAUUCAAAGUUAAGAACUUGGACUUGACUUGGACUUCCACAUCAUUGACUUUGGACUCAACUGGGUUUCAACUGGAAAGACUCGUGACUUACUUGUGACUUGCAAAGCAGUGACUUGGUCACACAUCUGCUUUACAGCAGUCCUCAAGCUAAACAAGCAUGUAGUGACAGUGGAGAGGAAAAUUCCCCUCAACAGGAAGAAGGGUCCAAACAGAGCCUGGCUCGGUGUGAGCAGCCAUCUGCCAUGACUCAUAGUUGAUGUAAACACUUCUCACUGCAUUAUAUAUCUACUUACAUUGAUUUCUAUGGUUAGCAUAUGUUAAUAGCAGCAGCUAGCUUUAGGCGUUAAACUAAUUUUGACAUAUUUCCAUCCGAACUCAGGUGAAGUGCAACUGACGGCAGGCUUAAACAGUUCUUCACAGCCCUUAAACCUGCUAAAUAUCAACGCAGCCCCACAAGUGUCUGUUUAAACGACACAAACAUCCGUGAAAAGCUACAUUAGCACAGAGAUAACAAAAACAUGCUGAUUCAGCUCAUUUUGCUCUGCUCAUAUCUGUUUGUGGACUCUGAUUUUUAGUACAGCUGUCCAGUAUCCGGCACAUGGAGAGGUCAACUGUAGAUAAAAAAUCUGACCAUUUCUGGAUGCUACACCCUGAUUGAAAGUGAAAAUAUUGGUAUUUUAUUUGGUUUCUGAAAAAUAUUUAAAGAGUCCAAAUGUGGUGUACCCUAACCCUCAGUGGUAUCCUGGCCCAGACUUAGUGACCCAGUAAUAUAAAGACAUUCUUGGCGUUAAACCUGAGGUCUGACUUAGUCUUGCCAAUAGCUCAUUAUUCUAACAAUCUAUAUUUCUAAUAGCUGAGGCUGCUCAGCGUGGGCACCAUACCGAUUACAAACUUCACAUAAAUUCUACUUGGUUAAAUAUGGCCGAAGCUCUCAGAACUGUUUCUGGCAACCCAACUGGCCCAGAUUGGACCCAGCUUCAAUCGGACUAGCUUGGCAUCAGCGAUGUGACGGUGUCGGUACAGGAUCUGCUCGGGUGCAAGAUCGGCUCGGGGUCCUUCGACUGCCGAUGACGUCAAAGUACGGCAAACCCACUCGGACAAAAUACACUACACAUCUAUACUGUUGGAAAGAAUUUAGCAGUUUCGUUAUUAAAAUAAUGUUUCUUACGACGUAAGUUUGUGUUUAUAAUGGUAUUUGUAAAAUAAAACACUACAUUUUAUUCAUAAUGUUGAAAUCCUCUUUGAGCACAUCCCUUGAAGGAUCAUAGGUAUUAGCAACACCUGUGCAAUUGUGUUUGCAGGAAAGAAGUGUGUCCCGUUUAUUGAAGUGUUUUGUGUUUAGAGUUUUUGACGUCUUGUCCAUGCGUAGUUCAGUUACGCUCAUAGCUGCUAGCCAAAACUCUGGAGUUAAAAGUUUUCUGGCUUUACUAAAAUACCGGUCUGUACUUAUUUGAUUGAUGGUAGUUUUACUUUCUAUUAGAGUCCAAAUGUAAUCAUUUGGCACGUUUCUAAUUCAUAAUUUGUAAGAAUGUAAUCGGUGAUAUUAGCAUUAGCAUUCCUAUGGGGUUUUCCAUGUAUAUUAGCAUUGCGCUAACCACUCGCCGCCAAAUUGCAGCCUUUGUGAUUAGAAAAUCUCCUUUUGUCACAUCGCAAUUUAAUUGCACAUGCAGUUAAUCGUUCAGCCCUAAUAUACAUGCAGCUCUAUGCUAAACGUGUAUUUUCAAAGAUGUAAUGAUGUAGCCUGGCAAGCCAAACUAAAUAAAUGUAUUAUUUAGUCUGGCAACGCUCCAUUGACGGCUCUCGGUUGUGGGGCGGGUUCUACCGUUGUCUUUCAAAUGAUCUCUGCACGCUACUGGACAAUGAAUGUGACAUACUCUUGUUUCGCUCUGUUGCAUCAUCCCACCCACCAGGCAUAUAGAGUGCCCUGAUUGGCCCACAAAGCGGAUAAAGCUCUGUGAUUUGUUCACUAAGCAGAUAGAGCACUAUGAUUGGCCCACCAUUAUGGACCAAUCACAGCUCUUUAUGUGUUUGAAACCCCUCUAGAGAGCUGUGAUUGGCCAGCCAGAAUGCUGUUGGGGCUGCAGAGGUUCCAGUGGAGCGUUCCUAGACCAAACUUUGCAAAGCAAGAAUUUGGUCCAGUUCACUAGGCUAGUAAUGAUGGAUUUCUUCGUAAAAGUUGUCCAUCUUUCCAACAGAAAGAUUUGCCUGGACCAACGUAACGUGAUUACAUAAUUCCGUAAGGUUCAUGUUCAGCCAAUCAACUACUUUGACGUCAUCGGCAGUCGACGGACCCCGAGCCGAUCUUGUACCGACACCGGGAAAACCAGCAGCUCAGUCUGAAGUGAAACUGCUUUUUUCAGCUGUAGCACGUCUGGAGCUGUAAAGAGUUUGGCCAUCUGUUCUGUUGCUGCUGCCCCAUUUCCUCUAAACUGGUUGGAGUGUUCAGCAUCACGCUCCAGGACUCAGAAAUGACAUCUAUGAGGACAUUUGGGGGAAUCUUAAGUGUUAUAAGGCUGAUCAUCUAGAGUUCUUCCUCUUGACUGAAAUGAAAAAAACUCCUGCUCCAGAUGAUUAAACACUAGGAAGUCUUUAUCAUCAAGUGUAGUGCAUUGUGGGUAAUUUAGAUAUCUACUGCCUGUGCGGGUCUAAGUAAGACUUCGCCUCACUAGAAGAGUAUUUUUUUCCUGACCAUGUGGAACGUGAGUCUGGUGGGCUGAUGCUUCCUCAGUGACCUCAGUGGAAGCUGAGCUACCUGACCUCUGGGUCAGCAGCUUUUUAUGAUUUUAUUUUUUUAUUCUAGCUCAGAUUCCGGUUAAACUCCAGCUGAGACUUCUGUCUGGCCUGAUCUCUGUUUUCUGAAUGACAGAAAGGAGUGGGCGGGGCCACAGAGCUGCUGACACCACAGGAGAACUGGCUCGAUGACUUGAAACGUGUGUGUGUGCGUGCGUGUGUGUGUGUGUGUGUGUGUGUGUGUGUGUGUGUGUGUGUGUGUGUGUGUGUGUGUGUAUGUGUGUGUGUGUGUGUGUGUGUGUGCGUCAAAUGUAGCUGUUUUACACUGAGGUCACUGAGUCGUCUUCAGCCACAUGACGCGUUUUAAACACACUUGCAUGCGUAUGAAACACUCUCACAUGCAAGGGAGGAAUUUAGUCUCCAAGUAACCUGACAUGCAUGUGUUUGGUCUGUGGGAGGAACCUGGAAACAACCCACACACGCAUGAGGAGAACAUGCUAACUCCUCACAGAAGGGCCUCAGCUUUGAACCUGCAACCUUCUUGCUGUGAAACACUGGAGCUACCAACUGCUCCACUAUGUAGCCCCAAAUUACCAACUCACGCAAGGCAACCGGAGACAAUUAAACUGAACUUUUAAAGUGAGAUUUGUCGUUAGAAAAUGCAAAAUAAAGUUUUGGUUUAAAGUGAGACCUGGGCUUUAAACAGCUUUGAAGAGAACCGGCAGCAUUCCACAUCUGCAGCUUCAGAUGUCCUACUCAAGAGGCUGACUUACUUAUAAAUGGAACGCAGCCCUUAUUCAUACAACUGCAUCUUUGCAACUUGUCCUGUUGUGACUGACCAUUAGCAUAUCAAUCUGGUCAGAACUCAACUUUUUUUUCUCCAAACUGAGGCUGUUCUAAGAGAUUUUAGCAGAAACUUGUUUCAGAAAAAUGUUAAGUGUUUAAAGUGUGUGUGUGUGUGUGUGUGUGUGUGUGUGUGUGUGUGUGUGUGUGUGUGUGUGUUUGAAUAACAUAAACUACAAUGAAACUGCUAAAAAGCAGAAACUUAAUAAUAUUCUUUAAAUUAUGAGUUAUUUUUGUUAGCUUUGCUCGCUGAUUCACUGAUUGGCUGUUGGAGCUGACCAAGAGCUGCGUCCGUCUCGAUUUUCUUCGUUUUGGUGAGAUCGGCACUUGUUCCUGCAGUACUGACUUAACAAACAAAAACGCUGGGGUGAUGUGUUCAUGAAGUGAAUGUUACAAGCUUACUGGAUUAUUUAUGGCUGCCUGUAUUUAUGUCCGUAUUUAUGUUUUCUUUUAUAAUCAACGUUUCAGAUUCUGAGUGCAGUAACUUAAAUGUUGGAGCUCCUUGAAGCAACAAAGAAUGGCCGGGCGGUGUUGGAUUAAAGUUUGGGUAUAAAUACAUCAUCUGAAGGUGGAAUAAGUGGAGCCAAACAAACGUAAGAUUUUAAUCGUGUAUUAAGGUCUAACAUCCUCGUGCAUCAGCUUGUAUUUAAUUUAACUCUGUUACCUUAAACAUGUUUAAGUUGUUUUUUUACUUUCCUCAUGCAGUUCUGUUUGUGAGGUCACAAAGUGCUUUUGACAAGAAUUGAUGAUCAUUUCAUUUUCAGCUGAUUUUGAACAUUUUCUGUUAGGUUCGUGUAGUUUGUGUUGUUGGUGCUGACUGGUUUUGUAAAAGAAUUAAACACCAACUUAGCGUAGAGACAAACGUGGGAGUGCUUCUGUCCGUGUCUUUUUGAGUGUCCCCUUUCUUUCUGUGAGUGUAGAUUCAUUCAUACUCUUCCGUCCACGGGUGUGUCGAUGCAUGAGCUGCUCAUUCUGAAAACGGUGUUUCUGUUGGAAAUGUUGUAGUAAAGAGUAAAAGUAUUUUUAAAUGCUGAAGACAUCAUGUAAUGAAAAUCAAUAUAGAUGUUUACGAAGAACAAACGUUUCUUUUCUGUUUAUUUUUUCUUAAAAGUGAAAUAAAACUUGACUGGCAAAUGUAGAAAA